AGUUGCGAACUUUGGAGCCUCCUGUUGCCCUGAAAGCUUCAGUUUAUUUCUAAAGCAGAGGCAAUCGUCAGAAACAGUCAAAAUGCAGGUAACUGUAACACUUAAUCCUAACUUGAUGCUCGGGGUUACCUCCCUUUCCAUUGCAAUCUGCGCGGGCGUUCACUUUGAAUUUUGCGUGUUACGAAAUCGCCGCGCGCGUUGUGGAAAUUUAAUGAUUUUCGAUUUUGUGCAGUGAACAACAAUUUCGCUUCUUAUGCGUUUAUAUUGCGUCGCUUUUUUAGUGGCUUAAAAAUUGUUAAGUUAUAUUCUAUGGGAAAGAAAAUCAAUUUUGCUAUGGAUAUUCCUUUCGUCAUGUCAGCUGAUUAGUGUCUGAUAGCAUAAACCAAAGUCUGUGAGGAGUCGUCAAAGACUAAGAAGAUCGUUAUUUCCUCUUUGUGGACCAAACUAUAAUUUCUUAGUACUGCGCAUGAUAACACAAUUAUGUUUUCAAUCCUGCAGGUAGACAUUUUGGACUUUAGGAGUCAAAGGAAACUGUGUACUUUAGAAAGUGUAAGUUACAUGUCCAAUUUCUCAUGAUAAUUCAUCAGUCAAUUCUAGGUGUGCCCAGUCUACGGACUGAGUAUAAAACACGGACUAGGUAUAAAACGUGGACUACGGACUGAGUAUGAAACACGGACUGGGUAUAAAACGCGGACUAGGUAUAAAACGUGGACUACGGACUAUGUAUAUAAAAACAGCUUUAGAAAGGUGAAACUGAGAGAAACGGAUAGUGGACUAGCAUAAAACAGUAGUCCCAGCUCCUUGCCUCACACACAAACAUUCUUUUGGCUGGUCACGCAGUCUAUUCUCCUCAACUUCAGCGUGGAGAGGGAAACAGGGGCGGAUCUAGGGGGAGAGUGCAGGGGGUGCGCACCCCCCCCCCCCCUGAGAUGACCUGCGGUUUUCUAAUACAACUGGUAUUCUGCAAAAAAAAAACUAUGUGGUUUAUUGGUGUUGAAGUAGAGGAAGAGACGAGUGCACCCCAUCCUAAAAAAAAUCCUGGAUCCGACCCUGGGAAAGGAUACUGCAUGGGAAAGGAAGGUUAUGCCAAUACUCAAGGCAACUGAAAAUGAAACUCUGAAUUUUAUAAGAAAGGGGAGUUAAAAGAGAAUUCAAUUUAUAGUUUUAAACCAGUAGGAGAUAUGGAAAUUGAGAGGUACCAAAUUAAAAAAAUAGUAUUGGUGUUAGUGAGAGUAAAAUUCUUAUAGAUGCCACUAUUCCAUUUCAAAUAAAGCCUUGGGGAUAUCAGGAAAUGAAGAACCCAGAUGAGAAGGUCGAUAUAGGGGCAUUCCAUGAUGCAAAAAAGCUGUAUUUAGGGGGGAGGGUUAUUCACCUACACGUGAAUAAUAAGCGAAAUAUAUCAUCCAACAUUAUAUUCUAACUGAUGAUGAUAUGUCUAUUUUACACCUAUGUAAACAUGUACAUCGCAUUUGUGACGGCCUGGCGUGGAUGUUAGAGACUGAGACCAGGUCUAAAAAUGGGCGUAGAAAAUAGCAUUUUGGUCAGGCUCAGGAUGAGGAGAAGCAGGUGGCACACCUCCACCAAGAAUUUCCAGGAGUAUUUAUAACUUAAACUCACGUUUUGUGCUAUUUAGCAAUCUUUCGAGCUUAUUUUACCUUAUCUAGAACCAAUUAGCACAGUUUUUACCAACGUAGUCCAUAGUCCACAUUUUAUACCUAGUCCGUGUUUAAUAUCCAGUCCGUGGUCCGCGAUCCACAGCCCAUGUUUUAUACUGACCGCUAUCCAAACAUAACUAAACAUGGAGGAUGACAGGGUGGAGAUUCUGCUGUUGGGACAUUUUAUUACAGAAAAAAAUAUUUUGUCAACACCAAUAGUUCAUUGAAAGUUUAGCAGAGCUUUCGGAACCCUUGGGAUUCCUUCAUCAGUGAUGGCCUUUGCUGUUAGUUGCAGCCUUAUUUUGAUGAGGCUGCAAAAUUGUUCCAUUAAUUAGGGGAAGGUUGUAGCCCUGAUCACAGUUAAUUUCUGGUCGCUGCUUCUGAAUUUAUAUGGCCUCGAGUAUCUUGUGUGAAAGCAGGUCGUUUUCCUGGCCAAUAAUUUUUGCACUGGUCCAGUGUUCUUAGCAUGUUCAGACACAGCGGACUUGAGAUCAUUCUGCCUUGUCUGAACACGCCCCCGUGAAUUUAUUUGAAAUGGCUUUUCGUGCAUUGAAACUACAUUGUAUUCAUGUUAUUUAAUCAUAAAGUGUGAAAGCUACCCUCUUGAUCUGAGCACUAUAAAUACUGUCUUCUGUAAAUGUAAUAUUCCAUCUUUCCAAUGCUCAUGUGUUGUUGACAAGGUUAAUGUGUAAAUAAUACGUUCUUCAAAACUUAGCUCACCGAUCUUUAAAAAUCUUUUUAGUUGGAGUCAGCUGCUACGAUUUCUGAUGUCAAAAGAGAAUAUCACAAAAAAUGUAAGUUUUAAGUAAUAAGAGAUCUUUUGUCCUUCUCUCAAACCUACAUGUACCUGCACUGUUGAUGUCUAUAUUUUUUUAACUACAAUUUUUUAACUACAAUUGGGUGCUUAACAAGAUAAAGUAAUGUUAAACCUCCUUGAUUAAUGGUGACAAAAACCAGACUUUUCUGCUUGGGAUGAGGCAUUACUUAUCUCUAAUGUACCCACUAUUAUCACCAUACUCUGCCUUGGUCAAGACCUAGAACGUGUAACUUCCAUUAAGGACAACCGGGGUACAUUUGCCUCAUAAUUGUCAGAUAUUAAUUGACCUUAUCAUCCUACUAACCUCCUUUCUUUUAUCCACACUAUGUCAGAUAAAUAAGGUACAACACUUAUUCUCUUAAGUUGUACAGUAUAAAAUCUUAACGGGGCAUUAUGUAAAACUCUGUGGGCCGUAUACUUGCUAGCACAUAGAAGUUUGAUCAAAUUUCGCCAAUGGUGAUGUUAUACGGUAUUAUACAGUAUUGAAAAAUUUUUUCAAUCCUUACAGUUCCAAAAUCAUACCCAGAAAGACAGUCAUUCCGUCUUGAGCCAAGUAAGUGCCAUAAUUUUUCUUUAUUGACCUUUCCCACAUUCAGCUCUGGUGAGCAAACUCAAAGACAUGAUGUCAAGGCUUGGUUGUACAGUUUCAUACAAAUCUCUGUAUUUUGUCGACCUGAGCCUUGAGUUGGUGCCUUUGUUUACAGGAGUGCAAAAAGGUUCUAUUAUAACGAGGAAAUUUAUUAAAAUUCAUCUUCUUAGAAGGAGUGACUGUUUAACCCUUUAAACCCAAGGAGUGAUCACCAUCAAAUUUCUCCUUGUAAUAUCAAUGCUCUGUGAGACAGAGUGGUCAUGAGAAUUACAGACUUGAUCAUACAAGAUGAAUUUGCUUGAUAUUUUUAGUAUCAACUUCUCCCCACUUCCUCUGUAGGAAAUUAAUAGGGGCAACAAAUGAGAAUUCAAAUUCUGAUCUUAGGGUUUAAAGGGUUAAGUGGUUUUGACUACUGCACUACAGUUGAACCUCCCUUGAGCAGCUUACCAUCGGGGUACCGGCAAGUUGCCGAUAAAUGGGAUUUGGCCACUCAGUAGAGGUUCCUCAUACAUGUAAAUCAGCAUAAUCUUUGGAUUAAUUUAGGGUUCUGGGAAACUACCCACCUACCCCUCCCCUAAGCCAACAUUUUGCCCUAAGUGAAAAGUAAGUGAUAAUGUUAGCUUAGGGGAGGGGUAGGUGGGCAGUUUCCCAGAUACCUAAAUUGAUCCUAAUUUUUAGUAGAAAUUUCACUUUAUUUUGAAACAAAUGCAUGACAGAAGAAGCAUUACUGGUCCAAAAACGCUCACCACCUUCUAUCUCGGACUGUAUUUUCCUUCAUCAUAAUUCUUAAAAUGAAGCCAAACAAAGUGUAUCAAGUGCUUGAUGGCCGCUUUUAAAAUAGAGGUAACAACAACAAUGGGGACCUCUUGUUAGGAAGGCCAAAAGGGCGCUGCAGUCACCCACUUAACAGGCAGCUGCUUAAUGGAGCGUGGACUGUAUUAUUGUGUUGCUGUGGUGAUUUAACUACUAGAACAAUGGUAUUCAAUGGUAGUUUUACUAAUACAAUGGUGGGUUUAUGGUAUCAUAAAAGUAACAAAUUAUUGUUUCAUGUAUCCAGGCAAUGAUCAGUGGCAAAAUUCCACUAGCUGCCAUUUUUCUCUCGGAGAAGUAGAACUUGUGGUCAAGUUUUUGCAGAAUUAUCAUACAAAACAUCUGAUAAUGGUAAUAGGACUGAGUUUAAGUCCAAUUUCAGCCUGUACUCAGACAAGUGACACAAUUGCACCACACUAAGUUCAGUUAGAAAUUAAUGAUUUCUAUAACAAAAUUUGGGGUAAUUUAAACCUUUUUUUAUAAUCAAAACACAAGAUCUUCAAAGAGCUUUUGGCCAGAACUGAAAACAUAUAUUGGUGUUCACAUAAUGGCAUGUCUUGUGCAUACUUUUAAGGCAUGACGUGUACUGUUACACUGUCCUAUUAGUGCUAAAAUCAGUGCUACUGUAGCCAAUCAGAUGAGAGUUUUUUUUAGUACUAUGGCUUCUCAGCCAAUAAAUGCCUUGUGUGACUCAAAUAGUGUUGUUACACUGUCUUAUACAUGUACUGAAUGAAUGUUUUGUUUGUAUUAUUUUUCAUUUUCUUUCUGAAGGAGGAAAAUCCUUAAAGGAUGAGGAUAAAUUAGCAUCAUUUGACAUAAAAGAUGGAGGAAGAUUGUACUUUAAAGACUUAGGUAAGAUUGUUAUUAUCAUAUGACAAUCAUACAUGUGGACGCACUCCAGAAUAAACAAAAAUUAUGAUAUUUUACGUACAUUGUAACAAUCUGCUUAUAUAUUUGCCUUGUCCUGGGUUAAGUCCAUUAAAAAAUAGAUCAAAUAAACUUCUGUUUUUUUACCCUGGGCAGUAUUUAUAGCACUAAUGCUAGUGGGGCCAAGCAAAGUCCUGAAACAAAUAAAUUUGAAUCUAACAUACAUGUAAACAGGUUAAGAAUCCUUAUUGGCCAGAGGCAAACCAGUUGGCUAUUAGCAAGGGUGGUCGAGGAUUUAAACUCGUGACUAGCGAGAAAAAACCAGCAAGCGAUCAGAGUGGGACUUGAACUCGAGGCCUCUGAAUUGCAAGUCCAGAGGUCUAACUGCUCGGCCACACUGCCUCCUUCAAAAUGAAAGUAGUAUUUUACAUAGCUCUUUUUGAAAAAGUUUUUUGAAAUUAUACAAAAUUAAAUUUGGGUAUUAUUUCUUCUUGAUAUGUUUUGACUGGUUAAAAGGUCAGGGGUGAAAAAGUGAAAGGAUUUUGCACCACAUUAAUCUGUACUUUGAUUUAAUUCGUAGGUCCUCAGAUAAGCUGGAGAACGGUGAGAACAUUUUUCUGUUAGAAUUAUUUAUUAGGAAAUUAUGUACAGAGAUAACAUAAACUUACAUGCAUGCUUCCACAAGGUUUGAUCAUUUUUUGUGGAAAUGAAAUGUAUACGGUGUAUGCCUGCAUAAAUCAGGGCUUCUGAUAUUUCGCGGAAAAAAAAGCAAAAUUUCGCGGGAUUUUCAGGGGCAAAUUCACGGAAAAAUCGUCCAAUUUCGCAGGGUUUUGUGGGAAAAAAGUCAAAAUUUGCGGAAAAAUCGGCUGAUUUCGUCGAAUUUUUGCAGGAAAAAAAUCAAAAUUCGCGGAAAAAUCGGCUGAUUUUGUGGGAUUUUCGCUGGAGAAAAGUCAAACAUAUUCACUGAAAAAUCAGCCGAUUUCAUGGGAUUUUAGCGGGAAAAAGUCAAAUUUUGAAGGAUUUUCAGGGGCAAAUUCUUAGAAAAAUCGGCCGAUUUCAUGGGAAAUUUCGGGGGGAAACUUCACCAAGAAACAAUCGGUAAAAAACAGCUGAUUUCGCUGGAUUUUUUUGGCAAAUUUUGCUAAAAUCGAUCAAUUCUUGCGUCGCUAUGACCAGCGUUGUUUAACGCCUUUUUUAACAGAGGGGUUAUAAUCAUUUGCUCUUUCAACAACAGUUCGCUCAAGAAAUAAGCGAAUGCUAAAGCUAUUAACAUUAUGGUUAGUGCCCAGUUUUUCGUAACGUUCAUCUAAAAACGCCUGGUAGUUUUGGGACGUUGUUUACUCGUUGCAGUGACGAAGACUUAGUUUCAAGAUAAAUUUGGACGUUUGAGGUGAGUAAAACAGGUCUAAUAGCCAAGAUAAGUUUUAAAUAUGUUUUUCCAACAGGUAUUUGGAAAUAUUUCUGGCGGAUUUCGCGGUAUUUCACGUUUUUUUGGGAAUUUCGUGGGAUUUUGCGGAAAUACCUGAAUUUCGCGGGUCUGUGACCGUGUGAAAUAUCAGAAGCCCUGAUAAAUGUUGAAUAAUUUUUGUACAAAGUACUUGGCCUAUUCGACUGUCUGCUAGGGUUCUGAGAACAGAUUUUAAUACCAACAAAAUUUUUACAUGUAAUGGUGAAACCUUUAAAGUGGACCCUUUAAUUUUAUUAACCUGGCCCCAUGUGUUCAAAAGGUUGGUAACACUAUCCACCAGGCCUUGGUUGUUCAAAGGCUGGAUAGCACUAUCCACUGGAUAAAUCUCUAUCCAGUGGAUAGUGCAAUGAGUUUCCCCAAUACUUAUCCGCUGAAUAGUGGUUUAUCUGGUGGAUAGCGCUAUCCAACGUUGUAACAACCAGGGCCAGAUAAAUCCCAAUCCAGUGGAUAGUGCAAUUAUUGGUUUCCCUUGUACACUAAUACAUAAAUGUGACGUGCAAGUGAAAAUGGUUCAUGUAUGAGCCAGAAGCAUGCAUGAUCUUGGACUCUAAGAGUUUCUAUAGGUUAUAAUUGUGGGCUAAUUGAAGAGCAAAAGGUGUAGUACUCAUCAUUACCUUCUUUUGUAUAAUUUAUAGGUAUUUCUGGCUGAGUAUGCUAGUCCCCUCAUUUUUUACGUGCUCCUGUACCCACGUCCUUCUAUUGUCUAUGGUGCAGCAGCGGCAAGCAAACCCUAUGCUCCUGUUGUGCAGUAAGUUUACAUGUUUUAAACUCAUUUUUGUAGAUUUAUGGCUGGUUUUAUAUAUCCCAUUGGGUAUUGUGGGAUGUUACUCUGCUGUCUGAUUAGCUCAGUUGAAUGCAUGAGUACCAGUCCACCAAGUGGAAGGUGGUAGGUGAAAUCCCUGACCAGACCAGCAAUCAGGAUAUUUUAAAAACUGGCAAGACUAUGAUGACUGUGAUCUAUGAAAUUUAAUAUUAUUGUAAGAUCUUGCCUUAGCUCAGAUGAUCAUGCCAUGCAGUUUGAUGUUUAAAGCCAUUGGCCAUGUCUCCUUCAUUCUUCCUUAGUUAUUAGAAUGCAAAAAAAUAAGUCCCACACUGCUUUUUGGAAAGAGUAGGGGACAUAGAACCCAUUGGCAGGGUUGUGAAAGUAGCUGGCUGCCGGUGAAAAUCGCUGCCUACUUGGUCAGUAUCGGCCGGCUACUCUGCUUGGCAUUUCUUUAUGGAUGGCAUUUUUAAAUAAAAUAUCAUUGGACUGGCAAAGAAACAUCUCCUGAAAACUGUAGCAAGUGUUUAUGUGUCACUUGCAGUUAAAUUUAAUGCCUACACUCAGUAAUUCACCUUAGAUUUUCAGUAAUUUUCGAGAGAAAAUAGCCUGGGGAAUGCAGAAAACAACAUUUUAGACCGUCUAAAUAUAAAAAUUUUCCAACUUCCCCAAGACCCCACAAGAGGCUUGCACCUUUGGUGCUCGCCAGUUCCUCCAGAGCUGGCCGCUUACUUUGACAACUAAGCCGUCUACUUCAAAACUUUCUGACAACCCUGAUUGGUGUGGUCUAUCUUUCAUUUGGGGGAGCAGAACUGUCACAGGACCACAGUAACUGGCUUUUCAUUGUUAGUGUCAAAAAUAGUAUUGGAAUAUCUAGUACAUUCCUUUAGUACAUUUCUUAAUACACACUGGCUUAUGCAUUUGUUAUAGUAUGCCUUCAUGCUGUACUUGUACAACAGUCAUCAUUUCCAGUCAGUGAUUUUGUUACCUCUGCGUCCUGCUUCCCUAACGCAAUAAAAUCCCCAAAGAUGUUCAAAAGUUCAUGGAAUGCAUCUGGUAGGAUGCAAAGAUGUUUUUGUAGAAUAUCCUGUUCAUGUGAUUUCUGUGGCUGUUGGUUGCCAAUGCAUAUUUCUUUUAGUCUUCGUUGUGCUUUCAAAGAAAAUUAAUCUUUUAUCUGUCUGGUCACAUAAAGGCCCAAGCAUUUUCAAUUUAGGACUUAGUCUCAUGAUUUGUUGUUCUUUGUAACAAAAUCAGUGCCAAUACAGAGUAUUCAUCUUAAACCUUUUUUGUUUCAGUAUUGCGGCAGCUUGUUGGGCAGGACAUUUUGCGAAACGACUGUUGGAGACUUUAUUUGUUCAUCGAUUUUCCCAUGCGACCAUGCCUUUAUUCAACCUUUUCAAGGUACAUUGUGUUGUGCAUGCUCUGUUUUGAAGGAACUGGUUAGCUUGAAUGCAUGUAGGGCAUUCUACGAACUUUUAUGUCCUGGAGCAUUGUACAUUUUACUCACACUGGUGUGAUAGCUUUAGCAAUACAUGAAGUCACAGUUUUUAAUAAUAGUUUUUUUAAUUACCAAAUGAGAGAAAAUAACAGCGAAAGAUUGGGAAAUAUUUGUAGCAAAUGAUUCUAUUUAUAUAUGUAACUUGGUCGAAUCUAUGUUCAACAUAGGGUAACUACAUCUAUUCCAUUCAUGAACUUGUUAUGUGCAGUGUGUAUUUGAUGCAAUUUUCUAUUUUCUUUUCAUUCUCUGCAUGGAUUCUAAAGAACUGUGCUUAUUAUGGGUAAGAUAUUAAUUUUUAUAUUAUCUACUUGCUAAAAAGCUUUAAAAGUCAAAAUUGUUGUCCACUAAAUCAAGACAGAAAAUAAUUCAUAUUGAUGGUGCUGACAGGGUUUGCAAAUUUUAUUGAUGAGUGGAGUCAACGUGACUUCUGCUUCACAAAUUUUGGAGUCAUUUGGGAAUAUUUGGAGUCAAGUAUCACAACGAAAAAAGCCAUUUUCAGACUUUCCUGCACGUGGUCCUGGCAUGUAUACACUAUCGUGAGGGUUACACAAGGUAGCUGUGGCGGUCUGCUGAUGGAAUGCUCAAAUCCAUGAUGGCGGUCAUCGAGUAAACUUUGAUCAUAAUUUACCCUCUUCCUGUUUUGUCGUGCAGUAUAAUUCUUUAAUUUCGAUGAUUUAAUUAAGGUUUACAACAUUUACAAUUAACGUAAAUUGUAUUUGUUGCGAAAAAGGUAAGGACAUAACUGUGUUUGUUACCGAAAAUUUUCGGAGUCGAAGUGGCUCCCUGUCUGUUACCGAAAAUUUCUGGAGUCAUCUGAACAAUUUUGGCGUAAAAUAUUCCAAAUUUGGCGUAUUUGCGAACCCUGACUGUGCUGAUAAUUUAUUGCUGUCAGUUUUGUAGUGUAAUAAUUUGAGCUGUACAUGGUUUUUCCUUCCUAUUUGAUUUUCAUUAAUAAUUAAUUAAAAUUUUCAAGACUAUUAGAACUCCUUGAAAGUGGUGAUCAAGAUUUCAUGUUUGUCCCAAUAAAAGCAAACUCCAACAAGCAAAAACUACAGUCAACUCUCUCAUAGCGACCACUUCUUUUAAGUGACCACCUCCCGUAAGCGACCACUUUACAAAUAACUGUUUUGUUUCUCAGUCAAACACUGUUUCAAAAACUCUCUUGUAAGCGACCACUACAUAAAUUUCUUAAACGACCGUGACCACUUUUUGGGCCAGAAAUUUGACAUAUUCUUUUGUUUUCUGUUUCCGGUAAGCGACCACCAGGCAUGAUCACAUAUGAUUGUAACAAAACCGUUGCUUGAAUGUCACCAAAGUUCAUUUUUGAAUUGUUCUGACCAAGUAAGCUGACAGAUUAUAGCAGUUGACUUAAAAAAAAGAUGUCUGUAAUACGAUCUGUACGUAAAAAAGUGGAUUGUCGCAUUCUUGCAUAAUGAAGUUUCAUCAGUUCCAAGCGCUAUUCGAGUUAAACAUUAUUAGUAGUUCUCUAUGUAAUUACAUUAAUCAGUUCAGUUUAAGAUUAUUUUCUUGAGUUUUCCCGAAGACAACCAUCUCCCGUAAGCAACCACUUUGUCAUGCAACAAGGGUGGUCGCUUACGAGAGAGUUGACUGUAUCCAAUAAAAUUAAAGGUGUAGCCUAAAUGUCAACCCAUAAAUUAAAGACAAAUACAAUGUCUGUUGUACCUAAAAGGCUUUUAUCUUUGUCCAUUUGUCUUUUUUACAGAGGUUAUGGUGUCCUUGUUGGUUAUUUUGUCAAUCAUCCAUUGUAUACUCCACCAAGUAUGUAGGUUGACAUUUAAAUUAAGUGAUUUGGGCAUGGUUGAAAUGUCGCAUUUCAUUUGUAGCCAACUUUAUGCUCGUGAGAAAAAACCUAAUUUUCUCACUCAUUUUUGACAUGCAAUAUUAUUAUGCUGUAGAUUUGCAAACUGAUAACAAAGGAAGGAUGACCACAUACUUGUUACUUGAAUGCAUGUCAAAACUGUCUUUUUUGUAUAAUUAUGUCCUAUUUUUUUGUCAUGCUUGGCUUUUACAUAAACAUUUAGGUAAAAAGAAGAAUGAGAAACUGGAUUUGCAUUAAUUUUAUGUGACCAGGUCAUUACAUUGAUUGUUAUUGGUCAGGAAUAAUAUUAUUGUUUUGACUCUUUUUAAAGCUACAAACCAUGACUUUUUGUGAUGGAUUGUCAAACUGCAUUUGCAAUUAUUUGAACAUAUUUUUUUUUACUUUUAACUCAAACGGUUUUCUUGUAAUUUAUUUAGUGUUUGGUGAUGCUCAGGUAUAUACAGGCUUAGCUCUGUUCUUGGUAAGUUAAAAUACUAUUUUGAAUGCAUUUUCAAAAAUUAUGUGGAUAUAAUAACUACUUUAAAACCGUUAGAAAUUAACCUGUGUCUGAAAAUAAUCUGAAUUGGAUAUUACUGGAUAAGAUUAUCAUGGAAAAUGAUUUAUAAUCCCUUUGUUUGACUGUUUCUUUUUUUCAGUUUAACGAGUAUGGCAACUUUGUCAUCCACUGUGCUUUGCGGGAUUUGAGGCCUCCAGGUAAGUCACACUUGCUCUGCUGCUAUGGCAACCAGUUUUUAACAAAGAGACAAGUUAAAUUAUGCAAAUUAUCCACACUAAUUCACAUUUUAAGCUUUUUAUUGAUUUAUUGAUUAGUUAUUAAUUUUAUAAGGGACUUGCAUUAAGCUUACAAAAAAUAACAAAAAAAUGUUUAAUAACACUAACAAAUGCAAGGUCAGGACAAGGUUGGCCCCAUAGAAAGGAAAAAGUAAUAAAUCCUAAUAAGAUGGUAAAGAAUUUUUACAAGAUAAUGUGAAUCAAACAACUACAACUAACGACAGCUUCAGUGAUUUACAGAUCUACAAUGGGGGCCCGUACGAUUGAUUUCUAGGGUGACACACAGUUAUGAAGUUACAUAUAUGCUUGAUCACUAAUAAUGCUAAAGGAAGUUCAGUAUCUUAAGAGACUACAGUACACUAAAAGUAAAAAAAGGUAGAGGCCAGAGGCCUGAACAGCCUGAGCCUAUCCCAGUUUCCUUAGUAUGAAGCAUGCAAAGGAGUUUUGCUAUUCCUCCCUGGACGGGAUGCUAUUCCAGCAGAAUGUCGCCAAUACCCAUUAAUACACCUGGAUGAAGAGAGACAAAGUGGAGUAAAGAUCCUCGUCAAGGGAAACAACACAAAGGGCGAGGCUUGAACCCCUGACCUCCAGAUCCCGAGUUCGAAGUGUUAACCGCUCGGUCACACACUAUAGUAACUGUUUAUCAAUUCCAUCUGCAGGUACAAAAGAAAGGAAGAUACCCUAUCCUACAUCCAAUCCCCUGACACAGUUGUUUAGAUUUGUAUCCUGCCCUAACUACACCUAUGAGGUAAGUUUGACUGAAAACAUUUUUCUCCUUGAUUGAUUUUGCUUGAAGUCUCAGUGGCAGAUCCGUGGCAAGGGCCCGGGGGGCCUGCCCCCCUUAUAUUUAGACCAAACUGAAGACCAAAGGGUUGAAAAAAGUUUGUUGAGACCACCCCCCCCCGCCUCUAUCUCAGGGUCUGGAUGACCGUUCCUCCCCCCCUCCCCUAUUCAGUGGAUAGUGCAAUUGGUUUCCCUAAUACUUAUCCACUGAUUUAUCCAGUGGAUAGCGCUAUCCAAUGUUUGAACAACCUAGGCCUGGAUCCGCCACUACUGACUAUUGGCUACACGCGUGUACACGCGUGUUUCUGAACAGAAAGUGGGGUCUCUCAGAAAGGAGAAAACAUCGAAGACUAGACUGGCUUGCUUUAUCCUUUAUCCCCCCCCCCUGCCCCACCCAUUUUCUGAGUCAACUAAUUUUGUAUAACAGAUCCUUAACAGUAGCCUGCGUAGCAGGCGUCGAAAGGGGUAGGGGGUAGGGGGUAGGGAGGAAGGGAAAAAGGGGAGGGGGAUUAGCCUGCGUAGCAGGCGUCGAAAGGGGUUUUGCGCCUGCCACGCAGGCUACUUAACAGCCGUUAUUCUACCAAAACUGUCCUAUACACGCACAUAGUUAUUCCUUCCAUUUUCCUUUUAGAAGAAGCUUCAAGGGUUAUUGCUACACCAAAGUUGUUUUCCCUCUUUACUUCUGCUAGAUGAGAGAUAAAAGUUAGGAUGUAAUGUUUUUCUUUUUUUUUUUCUUUAGACCGGUUCUUGGAUAGCAUUUUCUGUGAUGACGCAGACAUUAACAGGUAUAACCUUGUACAGCAUAAAAAGUAGUGAAAAAGUAGUGUUUAUUUGAAUGGGCACGCUUAAUAAUUUUAUCCACAGACUCAAAAGUUAGAAGCACCUUGUACAGUAUGAAUAACAGUACCACAGGAAAGUACUGCUCAUUAACUUUCAACUGAAUGGUCAGGGACUUUAGGAUUUAAUCCACAGACUCAAAAGUUAGAAGCACCUUGUACAACGUAAUAAACAGUUAGUACCACAGGAAAGUACUGUUCAGUAGCUUUCAUUUGAAAGGGCACAUUAUAGUAUUUUGUCCAUAGAGUCAAAAGUUAGAAACACCUAGUUGGUUAGCAUAAUAAACAGUACUACUGGAAAUUACCACUCUGGAGCUUUCAUUUGAAUGGUCGCACUUAAAAAUUUAUCCACCGACCCAAAAGGCCAACCUACAACACUUCUAAAUUCAAUUCUAGAACGGGCGAUGGAGUUCUUGAGAGCUCUUUAGCGCUUCGUGGGGAAAAUGAAGUUUACUUUUUCGUCAUGAUAAUGAAACAAUGAAAAAGUGGUAGAGCGAUUUUCGUAAACAAACGAACGGAAAUACAGCGAUUUGAUUGGUUUAUCGAACGGAUACAAACGCGCGUGGAAAUUUUGGUUGGUUAAGCGAACACUCGGAUGAAAAAACUUCAUGCCCGAGAACUUUCUAGAAGUCAAUCGAUACUUCGCUUUGACGUCAUACUCCAACACGAUUGGCCAUAUGGAACAAUGCCUUCUACAUAUUAGGAUUUUCUUUGGCGGGAAAACGAAGAGUCCAUGUUUUGAUCUUUUCAUCCAUUGGCUGAUAAAACAAAUAACGGACACUUACCGAAACCAUUUUUCAAGGUCAUACGAAAAUCGUUCUAAGCAUAUCUGUUUAACCUUGUACAACGUAAUAAACAGCACUACAGGAAAGUACUGCUCAGUAACUUUCAUUUGAAUGGUCACACUAUAGUAUUUUGUCCAUAGAGUCAAAAGUUAAGAACAAUUAGUUGUUUAGCAUAAUAAACAGUACUACAGGAAAUUACUACUCUGUAGCUUUCAUUUGAAUGGUCACACUUCAAAAUUUUAUCCAUCGAUCCAAAAGGCCAACCUACAACACUUCUAAAUUCAAAUGUAGAACGGACAGUGGAGUUCUUGAGAGCUCUUUAGCACUUCGUGGGAAAAAUGAAGUUUACUUUUUCGUCAUAAUGACACAAUUAAAAAGUGCUAGAGCGAUUUUCGUAUGACCUUGAAAUGAUUUUGAAAACGCGCGAACAAAACAGAAAAAACAAACGAACUUAAAUACAGCGAUUUGAUUGGUUUAUCGAACGGAUACAAACGCGCGUGGGUUUUGGUUGGUUAAGCGAAGGUUCGGGUGAAAAAAGUUCAUGCCCGAGAACUUUCUAGAAAUCAAUCGAUACUUCCCUUUGACGUCAUACUGCAACACGAUUGGCCAAUCGAACAAUGCCUUCUCUAUAUUAGGAUUUUCUUUGGCGGGAAAACGAAGAGUCCAUGUUUUGAUCUUUUCAUCCAUUGGCUUAUAAAACAAAUAACGAACACUUACGGUAACCAUUAUUUCAAGGUUAUACGAAAAUCGCUCUAAGCAUAUCUGUUUAACAUGACGGUUUCUUUUUUUCUCUUUCAGCGGUUUUAUUCACCUUGUUUGGAUUCUACCAGAUGGCAGUAUGGGCCAUAGGCAAACACCGAAACUAUCGCAAAGAAUUUAAAGAUUAUCCAAAAGGAAGGAAAGCUAUUGUCCCUUUUCUGUUAUAG